GUGACCACACAUCUAUUUAAGGAUAGUCUACAAAACCACAGUGUGACGUGUAAAAUAACUGCAUAUAACAGAACAAUCUAAGCAGGCCCACCAAAAGGCACACUGUCCAAGUUUGGAUGCAGUUGUCUCUCUGACUGCUCACUGGAUAAGAAUCAGACCUGAAUCACCACUGAUGGAGGGACUGUGGAGGCUCCUUGUCCUGGGCUGGUUAUGUCACCUCCAGUCUCCUGGCGUCUUAGGAGUCAUGGCCAUUGGAACCCCAGAAGAGUGUGAAAAGGCUCCCUUUGUCCCUGGCUACAACCUGGGAGGAGAAGGCUUUGAUAUUGUGAAGAUGGAGCACAAAGGUGCAUAUGUGAUCGAUUCUGAACAGUGGAGGAAUGCAAACGGAACCUGUAAACUUAGACGAAAUCCUUACUUGGGAGGGGUCCGGCAGAAGAUUCCAAUAGCUGUAGUGAAUUGGAGAGCCCUCUCCAAAUGCAGAAUGAAGGUCUCCAGCACUAUCUAUAAAUCCAGUGAGUCUGUUGUCAAUGACAGCACAUCCAGUGUGACAAACAACUGGAAAAUUGGCCUAGAGAUUCCAGUCGACCCUAAUGUGAAAGUUGGGGUGGGCUUUGGCGGUACCCACUCACGGGAUGCAAUGUUUGCCAUGAAGAAAUCAAAAGAAGACAAAUACAGCUUCACCAAACACCAGGUCCACUGCAGCUUGUAUAGUGUAGCAACUAAGCCUCCACUUCACAAAGAGUUUCUGGAGUUCAUUAACCAGCUGCCUAAAGUGUACAACCAAAAUACUGCAUCACAUUAUAAUAAUCUGAUUGAUAUAUAUGGUACCCAUUUUAUUAAACAAGUGGAAAUGGGUGGAAAAUUAAAGAGUGUUACUUCUAUUAAGACCUGCCUGGCUUCAAUGAGUGGCCUCACAGACACAGCUGUUAAAGACUGCCUGGAUGUUGAAGCUUCAGCAACAAUUGCAAUGACUGCAAGUAUAAAGACAGAAGCCCAUCACUGCAAGGAACUUAAGAAGAAACUGGGCAGCAGCCAGACCUUUAGCAGCAUGUUCAGUGAUCGCCACUCUGAGGUGGUGGGUGGGAAUGUUAAUUCAGCAGACUUGCUUUUCUCAGGUGGUUCAGAUCCAAGUACAUACAAGAGUUGGCUGGAUUCCUUGAAGAACAGCCCAAAUGGAGUCUUCUACUCUCUUAAACCCCUCCAUUUUUUGUUGCCUUCUGGCCAUUUUGCAAUAAAGCCAGUUAAGAAAGCAGUAAAAGAGUACAUCAUAAAGAAUGCAUUAGUGAAGAGCUGCUCUGAAUCUUGUCGGAUAGGAGUAAGAUCUUCUGCGAGAGACCACUGUGCCUGUGUCUGCAAUGGCAAUGAGAAUAUAAACUCCAACUGCUGCCCAGUUUCAAAUGGACUGGCUACACUGAAAGUGUAUAAAAUGAGAGCAAAGAAGCUGUAUGGAGAUUUCUUUACCCAAACUGAUGGCUCUGUUCUAGUGUCAUAUGGUACACAGAGAAAGCGUACUGAUAUUAUUCCAAACAAUGACAAUCCAGUAUGGCGGGAAAAUUUUGAGUUUGGUGCCAUCAAAGUUGACAUGUCCACUAAGCUAACAUUCCAGGUAUAUGAUGAAGAUACAUACUGGAACAGUGACCUUCUAGGAAAAUGUUCGUUUGACCUUCGAAGAGGAACUGUUUCAGACACCUGUAUGUUUACAUAUGGUACCUUCUUCUUCUCCUACACAUUAACAUGUGCUCCCAGCUUAAGUGGUAGUACUUGUUCUGAAUACAUACCAACACCUAUGAGCGUCUCCCAAGCAAAGAUCUUCGACUCCCGUAAUGGGAUCCUUGCUAGGAAUCUCUGGAAGGUAGAAAAGGCUGGGAAACAACCAGGGAACCACUCCAUCAUAUUAUAGCUUCAAACAGUGAGCACCACCUGCAGCUGUUCGCUUUGCAAUAUGGCUUCCAAUAGGUCAGAUCACUUCAGAUUAUGGUUAAUGUCCUUUCAGUGAUAACUCAUCCUGAGCUGUGCAUGAGAUGCAAGGAGUUUUUGAGAAGGUAUUCUGUUGAAGUAGGUCUUUUGUAUGCAUACUGCUAGAUUAUCUAAAACAAAAAUGCCUUUUUCUUUAAAUAAACAAAUGUAAUGUAUUUAACCCACCACACGAAAGUCGAAUAAAUAUUUGCUUUCUGCUUUGCAUAUUUUUUAUCCAGCUAGUUGAAUAAAGCCUUGACAAGCAUAAAA